GCCUAUCCCGUUCCUCCUCAUUAUCUCUCUCUAGGGUUGCAAUUUUCCACAUCCCAAGCCCCUUCUCAAAGUUUAUUUUUCGAAGAUGAUGCAACCUGCAAACCAGGCAACGAUGGAGGCUCAACAAAACCACCAAUACCAACAACAGCAGCAACAACAACAACAUCAACAAUGGAUGAUGAUGAAUCAACAGCUUCAGCAGCAGCAGCAGCAACAACAUCACCAACAAGCACCACCGCAACCAAUGCAGCCUCAGCCACAACCGCCGAUGUAUUACCACCAGCAACCACCGCAGCAGCAUCAGCAUCAGCUUCAGCAACCGCAAGCGCAGUACACGGCCGCCGCGCAGCCUGCUAGCGCCGACGAGAUCCGCACCCUCUGGAUCGGCGAUCUCCAGUACUGGAUGGAUGAGCAGUAUCUCCUCAGCUGUUUUGCUCAUACUGGCGAGGUGGCCUCUGCAAAAAUAAUCCGUAACAAGCAAACUGCUCAAUCAGAAGGCUAUGGCUUUAUUGAUUUUGUAAGUCGUGCUGCUGCGGAAAGAAAUUUACAGUCAUAUAGUGGUACCCUGAUGCCAAAUUCUGAACAGAAUUUCAGACUGAACUGGGCAUCUUUUGGUGUGGGCGAAAAGCGCCCAGAUGAUACCCCCGACUUCUCAAUUUUUGUUGGGGAUUUGGCAGCUGAUGUCACAGAUUACAUGCUACAAGAGACAUUCAGGGCUCACUUUCCUUCAGUUAAGGGUGCAAAAGUUGUAACUGAUAAGACCACUGGACGGAUGAAGGGUUAUGGUUUUGUUAUGUUUGGAGAUGAAAACGAACAAUUACGAGCUAUGAGUGAGAUGAAUGGAAGGUUCUGUUCAACCAGGCCAAUGCGUAUUGGGCCGGCUGCUAACAAGAAGAGCGUGGGUAGUCAGCAAUACCCCAAAGCUAUGUAUCAAGGGACUCAGAAUGAGGAUGAUCCAAAUAAUACAACUAUAUUUGUUGGUGGCUUGGAUUCAAGUGUUACGGAUGACAGUCUGAAGCAAGUUUUUAGCCAAUAUGGGCAGUUAAUUCAUGUGAAAAUACCAGUAGGCAAGCGAUGUGGGUUUGUUCAAUUUGCUGACAGAAGUUGUGCUGAGGAAGCGUUACGGAUGUUAAAUGGAACUCAGUUGGGUGGACAAAACAUCAGGCUUUCGUGGGGACGUAGUCCUUUAAGCAAACAGGAUCAAUCUGCUGGAGUUGUUCAGCCCCAGGUGGAUCCAAACCAGUGGAAUGGUGGAGUUUAUGGAUAUGCACCUGGUUAUGAAACCUAUGGAUAUGCCUCAGCUGCCCAAGAUCCAAACUUGUACUAUGGAGUGUACCCUGGAUAUGGUAAUUACCCACCACCCAUGCAACAGCAGCAGCAGCUUCAGUGAUUUACUGGUCUGUUGCAUUGCAAUUGAGGGUUGAUGGUGAUUGACAUCUUUUAAACAUGAAGGUGCAUCCUUAUCGAUAGGAAUGCACUCCUGAAGUUUGUCUUGCAAUGUAUUAUAUAUCUAGCUAUUAUUGGUUCUUUAGGGCCUCCCGGGGCUAGUGUUUCUACAAUACUGCCUGAGAUCUGUUGGUAGAAUCACAAUUUUUGGCUUGCAUGCGUGCUCAUUUUCUGUUUUUCCUUUUUCCUACUCUUGUUUUAUUGAGACAUUUAUGGGGCCGAGGUACUAAUUUAUGUAUCCGUGUACCUCCGGCCGGUCUAUCCAGGAUUAACCCCACUAAUAUUUAAUCUUUUUCUUCGCUUGA